AUGUGGAGUAAGCGCACCUCAAACUUGGGACGCGCAGUCUGUUUGUCUAUCCACGUCCUGUCCCGGGCUCCGCGGCUACAUCCAGAGGUGAGGUGUCUGCACGCACUGAACUUCAAGUGCCAUCGCGCUGCCCGCUUCUGUGCCUCGUGCAGGAGGGCAUAUGCUGACUAUAUCGGCUUUGUUUUAACCUUGAAUGAAGGUGUGAAGGGAAAGAAACUCACAUGUGAAUAUACAAUAUCGCAGACCGUGGAGAAGCUCCUUGGACUGUUGGAUACUCUGGACAGAUGGAUUGAUGAAACUCCUCCUAUUGAUCAACCAUCAAGAUUUGGUAAUCAGGCCUUCAGGACCUGGUAUGCCAAACUAGACAAGAAUGCAGAGGCACUGGUUGCUGCUGUGCUCCCUGCAGACAAACAGGCUGCAGCCCCAGAAAUAGCCGUUUACUUGAAAGAGUCUGUUGGGAACCAAACCAGGAUAGACUAUGGAACAGGUCAUGAAGCAGCUUUUGCUGCAUUUCUUUGCUGUCUUUGUAAAGUUGGAGCUCUUCAAGUAGACGAUCGACUAGCCAUAGUUUUUAAGGUUUUUGACAGGUAUUUGCAGGUUAUGAGAAAACUGCAGAAAACGUACAGAAUGGAGCCAGCUGGGAGUCAAGGAGUUUGGGGCCUGGAUGAUUUUCAGUUUCUGCCUUUUAUAUGGGGGAGCUCUCAGUUUAUAGAUCAUCCAACUCUGGAGCCACGGCACUUUAUUGACAAGAAGGUCGUCAAUGAUAAUCACCAGGACUACAUGUUUUUAGAGUGCAUCAAAUUCAUAAAUGAGAUGAAGACGGGUCCAUUUGCAGAGCACUCCAAUCAACUGUGGAACAUCAGUGCUGUUCCCUCCUGGUCCAAAGUCAACCAGGGCCUGAUCAAAAUGUACAAAGCUGAGUGUCUGGAGAAGUUCCCUGUGAUUCAGCAUUUCAAAUUCGGUAGCCUGCUCUCCAUCCAGCCUGUGAAGCCUUGA